UGUGAUAUUGAGCCAGUGUCGGUUGGGCCCUUUUCCUGAAUGCAUGUUCAGUAGUGAGCCCUGCAAUUUUAUUUUAUUUAGUCAGUUACUUAACAGCCUAACUUUUGAUUCACUUAAAACUUCAGUCCGCAGAGUUGAUCCAACUGCUGUAUGAAUUGGGAAGUACGAUACCAUGAUCAGUGAAAGUGAUUCUGGAAGUCGACCUUCAGCAACAACAAUUAGCACUGUAGCUGUCCAGACAGGAGACUCAAGAAUUGUGGUAGCCGUACUGAAGGCUGGGACAUGCGUUGAGCUCCAAUUGGUUGAAUCAGUACCAAAUCUGCUUGAAAUUGGCAGUAAUGCAGAAGAAACCAGGAAAAUACUGACUGAACAUGAGAUCCUUCUUGCUAAACUGAAGACACAUGAAGGUGGUGUUAGGGAUUUGCUGCUUGAAGCUGACAGAACAGCAGAGGCCCAUAAAAACCAAAGUCAACUCUAUGAUGAGAUGGGAAGAACUCUGGGAGUUAAUUGGACAACUCUCAAUCAAUUGCUUGAAAAUCGAAAGAGACUUUUAAAAAUGGCCUCCGAAUUCUUUGAUCAAGCUUUAGAGUUUGCUAUAAAAAUUGAUGAAGCUGAAGAAUUUCUGAACAGUGCCCAAGUAUUUGAGGAUAUGGAUUCCUUGAAGCAACUCCUUCAUCAGCAUCAGGAUCUUAAGAAAGUCCUUUUAACAAGCUCAAUGGUCCUUCUCAACAAAAGUCAAGAACUCCUCAAUGUAAUCAAAGAGUUCAAAGUCCCUGGGCCGAAAAUACAUUCUGAACUAACUCAUGGGGCUCACAGCAGCUGUGUAAAGAUUGAAAGUCUAAUGGAGCUCCUGCAGGACAGGAGGAGACAGCUAGAAGAGCAAUCGUAUCGUCAAAGGCUGGACCUGGAGCAAAUUUUACAGAUCUAUCAAUGGGACCAGCAGGUAGAUAAGGUGAAGCAAUGGUUCCAGCACGAUGGUGAGACAUAUUUACGGAAUGAAAAUUUAGGUUCAUCCCUAACCGAAAGUGAAUGGCUACUUCAGGAGCACCGUCGUGUUGGGUGCAAAGCCCAGGAAUUCAUGUCUGUAGCUGAAAAGUUAAAAGCUGAGGCUGAUGAAAUUUUGCUGAUUGAAGACUUCACUGAUAAAGAACAGAUGGCAGUUCAAAAUCAGAAACUGAAGCUGAUGUGUGAGCAGUUCUGGCUACUCAUGAAGGAACGAGAAUUAUUGCUCCAAGAGGCCCAUGAAUUUUUUAAUAGUGCAAAUAAGGGAUUUGAUAUACUGGGAGGAAUAGAAAGUCAUCUGAAACACCUUAAUUUAAAGUCUCUGUGCUUGACAGAACUCUCUAAAGAACAUGCUUCUGUGUGUCAAGCAAUCAAAGAUGCAACUUCAGAUGCUCUACUGAAGGGACACCUGCUCUUGAGUAAAAUUGACCCACAAAGAGCUGCAGGAAUUCAGGAGAUGAUUGGUUACAUUCAACAGAGAGUAGAUCAUUUAACUGGACAAUGCUUUGCGCAUAAGGAGCUAGCUUUAAAGAAACAGCAAUUGAUCACAUCCUUUGAUGAACAUUUUGAAAAGGUCACAGGAUGUCUCCAAGCAUACAGAUCACGCCUUUCCAGUACAUUAGAGCCAGGUUCCUCUCUUGCCGAAACUGAAGACAUUCUGAACAAAUAUCUAGAAAUGGCUGAUCAGUUCAAGGAGGUAGAGAAUGAAUUAGCACACAUUACAGACAUCAUCAAACAGGCUGAAGUGUUUGAUGUCCCAGAAGUAAAAUCAUUUUCUGAGAGGUUUGUCGUCCUGAACACUGAAUGGAAAACAUUGUGUCGGAACCUGAAUACACGGGUCGAUCAUUUGCAAUCUUACACGGCCUUUCUGAAACAAGCUGAAGAGGUCGAAGCAUCUAUGCAAAGUUUAGAAGAUUGUUUCCAGUCUCAUUCAAUGAAGGAUAAUGAAGAAAAUGUCAGGUCAUUGUUGGAGCUUGCUGAUUCCAAAUGGCAGUUGGUCCUUAUGAGUUUUCUUUCCCUCCAAGAUCUGGGGUUCAACUUUAAGAGUGCAGUAAAUAUGAGAAAUGAAAGCUUGAAUUUAAAUUUGCAACAGUCAGUAAAUAUAGUUGAAAAUACGAUUGAUCAACUAAACAAGAGAAACCUUGCUCUCACUGAUCGGUGGACAAAUUACCAACUUGAUUUAAAUCAAAUACAAUCUGUCAAAAAGCAAUGGAAGAAAUUCAAAGAACAACUUAAAAAGACAAUUCACUGUUUGAAGAUGCUGGAAGAUGACCUUAUUCCACAGUUUAGAAUUGACCUGGGUUGCAACCUUGGGGCUAUUGUGGAGCUGCAAGAUAAUUUCAAUAAAGCAAAACCUCGGUUACAGCAGUUGAAUGCUGAAGUGGAAUACAGAAUAGCAAUAGCUGAACUUUUGGCGUUGAAAGGUGUUUCCCUAAAAGAAAGAAAUGAAAAAGUCAUGGAGUUACAAAAUCUUCAUCAACAAGUUAAGAAUAAAAUAAAAGAAUAUGAAAUAAUUUUUCUUAAGACAGUUAAAUUUCAUAAGACUACUGAAGAGGUUGAGGUCAUGAAGAAGACUGGCGAACUAGAAUAUCCAGAACUGUUCACAAAGUCGGACAGUAGCAGAGAAGCAAAGAUGCAACUUAGACACCAUCAAGAAAAGCAGUCACAUGUGAGCCAUUUGUACAAAUUGUCCCUCACGCUGGCAAUGGAUAUCAUCUCCAUUACUCAGCAAUCUAAAUUCAUUGAGGCUUCAGUGGAUUCUCUACAGCAAAAACUGAAAGCUUUAGAGACUGAGAGUGUACAAUGGAGUGCAAAGGCAGAUCAAUAUGGAGAAAAACUGGAAACAAAUUUGCAUUAUUGUACCAUGAAAGAAGAAAUAAAUGAGUUAAAGGAAUCCUAUAAAGAACUCAAGAAGAAGUUUAAUAACUUGAAAUUUAAUUAUCUGAAGAAAAAUGAAAAAUUCCGCAAUCUGAAAGCUGUCCGAAAUCAAAUCCAGCAAGUUGAUAUAUAUACUGAAAAAUUUGAGAUAUUCAAAAAGAAAAUGACUCAGUUUGUGACAAAAGGCACUAUUGUGCUAGAAAAGCACAUCCCGAGAGCGGAAGUUAAUGUACUUGAAGAAUCCAUGAAUGAAGUUCAGAAACAAGUGAAUGAGCUUGACAAGACAGUGGAGGAAUACAAACAAACCUUGGACAUGACGGUGCAAUUACAACAAGCAAUGGAAGAGAGUCAGUUUUGGUGUGAGGAUGCAAGUGGUACAGUUGUUCGAGUUGGGAAGUAUUCAGCUGAGUGCAAGACAAAGAAAUCAGUGGGAAUUCUUUACAAGCAGUUUGAAAAGUUCAUGCAGCCUUCUGUGCCACAACAAGAGGAGAGAAUCCAGCAAAUCACAGAACUGGCAAUGCAACUAUAUGGUCCUGAAGAAGCAAAUAAAUUUGUGAAGAAAAUGGUAACAAAGCACAAUGAGAUUCUUGAAUCAAUAAAGGAACUUUGCAGUGGGUUAAGAGAGCUUGAAUUAAAACUUCCUGAUGUGCAGAUUGAAGCUUCAGAAAAUGCAGCAGAAAAUUCAAGUAAAUCACAUGAAGCAAGAAAUGCUCAGCAGCAAAAGCAGAUGGAAACCAAUGAUUGUCAACUAUCACCUGUAGAUGCAAGCUUGCAAAUAAUGCAUCAAACACUGGACAACCAAGAACAAGGAAACAUGACUCUGGCAUCGUUGAAAUCUAUUGUGGAUUCGCCUGAUGUGACAAAAGAAACCAGAGAGCCAAAGCAAAUGUCUAUGAGUGUCUCAAGUCAUAAUCAAGUUGUUGGACUACCCACAGAAGACAUCCAAGCAAGAAAAGAUAAUGUGAAGAGCUGCAGUGAGACAGAGAUAUAUAUUCAGUGUUAUACCACCACCUUGUCACAGCCAUUUAGAACAAAGUCAUUACAAUCAAAUUCAAUAUUUCCAUCAACAUAUUCCACUGAUUCUGAGAGAAGGGUUUUUGCCCUUCACCUCAUACAAAAUGCAUCAAAAGAUGCAAGACUUCUCCCAACUGCUCUUGGGAACAAUUCAGAAAUACUAAUGCCAAUUUCUACUAAAGAUGAACAAAUGGCCAAAGCAGAAAACAGGGGAGCAUCAGAUGGUCAAACAGAACUGCAAAAUCAUCCGUUGUCGUGCAAUCACGAGCAUUUAAAUACCAACGUGGAUGGAUUACUGAAAAAUCGAAUCUCUGAUUCAGUUCCAGAGGAUCCAUAUUCACAGGAAGCUACAGAACUUUUCCAUCCUUCCGCUGAAGGCAGCACAGUGACAGAUGGAGAUCUGCAAAAUGAUCUUUUAGUAGAUGAAAACCAGUCUGUAGAAGAAUAUGAGUGCAUGUCUCCUGAUGACAUUUCCUUGCCUCCACUUCCCGAGACGCCUGAAUCGAACAUGCUCCAUUCUGAAACAGAAGUGGAUAAAAUGUCCAGAUUAAGUUCCCACAGCCCAUAUGCUGGGUCUUUUAGUGGCCGACCACAAAUGCAAGCAAACUACAGUCAAAUGACUGACAGCUCUGAUACACCAGCACCUGUUCGCACUGCUGAUGCAGUCAAUCACUCAAGAUCACAAGUUCAUAGUGGAUUAGAAGGCAAUUUUUCAUCUCAGCCCAAUCACAGCACUGAGCCCCGCACAAAAUACAGAUCCGAGUCUUCCUCUUUUAUCCACAGCCCGCUGACAAUUCCUGCACCCAAUAUUGUUUCGAGCACCCUUUCACAUAUCUUAAAAUCCCAAACGGUAACUAAUUCCUCAGCCUAUGAUUCCUUCUGUGAAGUGCAUGAGACUCAGCUGCAGACUUAUAAUAUGCAUGAAAGUGUGACUGAGGCACAGGAGUUGCUGCAUGAUCAUAAUAGGAGCUGUCUUAGAAAAGAAUUGAGUCCUAGCAGAAAUAAUUCACACGCUUCACCUGAGCCACUAACAGUGCCUCUCAGUGUAGUUAAGUCAGUGCAUGAUAUGGGUCAUCCAAUGGAUACUGCCAUCCAUGAGGAAAUCAGACAUGCAUCAAGAAGCAGAGCCAUGUGCAACCUGGCUAGCAACACACCCAACUUCUCCAAGCUCUUGUCCAAUGUCAGUGUGGUAGAAGGUUCUCCUGUGACCUUGGAAAUAGAAGUGACAGGAUUCCCAGAACCAACAUUGAUGUGGUACAAGAAUGGACAGAAGCUGACAACAGAUCAGCAUUUAAAAAUUUCACAGAAGGAAGGCAAACACAUUCUUUUCAUUGAGAAGGUGUCUGAUAAAGAUGCUGGCAUUUAUGUUGUACGAGCUAAUAAUUCUAAUGGUACUAUCAGUUCCAGUGCUAUCCUUCAAGUACAAGUUCCCAGUCUCAAAGAUGUCUGUGGGAGAAGGUAGCAAGGAAAGACCGGGCACUUUCAACAAUGAAAGAGAGAAAAUUGGAAGGGAAUUGCCCCAGAUGGUAUCUCCUGGGUGAUAUCACAACAUAGUCUGAGUAGCCAAGCACAAAGCAGUAUUUGCCAAGUUUGGACCAUGCUCAGUCUGAGAAUAAUUCAUAAAUCUAGCAGAAAGAAUGGGUAAGGACAUAGCAGUAGUAUCACACAAUUUUAAAAAAAUACACUUGUGGAUAAAAUUGUUAUAGUAAUAUCUAUGUGACCACAAACAAGGACUUAUUAUGUACAGUAUUUCUGAACUGCUGUUCUUCUUAUUUUCUCUCCAUAUCAUUUAAAAACUAUGACAAGGAAAUAAUUUCAUAACAGUGGAAACAAAAUGUAUUCAUGAUAAAUUACAUUUCACUUUAUCACUCAUACUGUUGUGGCAGUAAAUCACAAGCUACAAUGUAUUCAUAACUCAUAGUUUUCUUUGUUUUUCUUAAGACUGUUAUACAUAUUUGGAAUUAAGUACAUUUCGUUGUCAUUACCAACUUAUUUGAUUCUUCUUUAUGGGUACCAAUGAAAUCUAAAUUGAUGGCAACACAUGGGACUAGUGCAGCAAGCCUUUUUUACAACCAGACCAAGAAUCAGUGAGGUUGCAAUUACAUGUUGAUUGAGGAGCAUGAAGUACAAUGCCUACAUGAUGACUGACCAUAUUGCAGGUCAGAGUGGUGUCAACCAUUAAGGAACAUUGCACACACUUUGCUCCCGGACAGUUAGUUUUAGAGGCUUGGAGAAAAUGGAUCAGGGAGUUGAUUCACUCAAUAUUCCAUACAUAAUUUGGUCUCAUACCAAGAGUCAUACAACAGUUAGUACAAGCAGGACAUCACUUGGCUUUAGUUUGCUUGGAAGUAAGAUUGAGAUUUGAUUUAGUUGUACUGCAUUAUUCAUAUUAAUUUGGUAUUGAAACAACAUGAAAAUGGCAUUUACAACUGAACCCUGAAAUAUUUUAGUGAAUAGCAUAUGCCACAGUAUUUUUUUAAUAGCAAAACAUAAAUGCAAUUCAUAAUAUGAUGUUUAGUUAUGCAUUGCUAGAUUUUGACAGUUUAAAUAUAAAUUGUUAUGAAUCCUGUAUGGCUGAUGAUUCUAUUAUGAUGUUUAAUAUAUCUGAAGAAUGUACAUGAAAUAAAAUGCAAUUUGGAAAAAUAAUAAUUUCUUCAAGUUAAAAAUGAUUGAUUGGAUCAAACAGCUUUUACACAAUAUUUUCACAAACCAUAAAUGAAACGCUAAAGUAGCAUAUGAAUGAAAACUCCUCAAAUCCACCUUUAUGAAAGCAUACAAUCAUCAACUACAAACAUUUGGGGCUACAGUGGUAAAUAUGUGGCCCAAGUAAUUCAGAGUCAGGAGAGAAAUUUUCUUAAAUCUUUUGAAAUGGUUUUAGAGAUGGGUGACAUAGGCAAAUUUAUGAAAAAUUUGUUAGACUAGUUUGCCAACUAUUUUUCAUGACCUACUGUGAUUCCAAGGAUGAGCUGGGCUGGGCUCAGUGCUGGCAACAAAUAUGUCUGUGGCAGAAAGUGUCAAUUAAGAUAGUUAGGGGAUCCAUUCUCAGUCAUGUUACCACACAAAGCCAUUUUGGUAGUGUCACAUGGAACUGAACUCUGUCAGUGCUCCGACUAGUCAGAGGCUGUGUUUGAGUUCAAGGAUUCUUAAUGCUUAUGUGGAAACAAAUUGCAAGGCUAAUGCACUUACAUGACAGAGACAUUCCAUAGCAGGAAAUAUGAUAUCUUGAAAAGCGAUAUUUUUAAUAGGGCAUCUGCACCCCUGAUAAUGAAAGCACUUCAGCUGCAUUCUUGCUGCUUGUUCACCUAAGCAGUGCUGUUUUUGGUGGUACAGUGAUAGCCGGAGUUGCAAUGGUCCAUGCUGCAUCACCGUUCUCUUCCAGAAUCUCCCCAUCAUCCCUAUUUGGACAGUAUGCCCAGAGAAGGGUUCCUAAUUGGCUGGCUCACUAGGAAUGUGUCAGAAGCAUUGUUCUUGCUGUGAAUGGGUUUAGACCUGAAAAUGGUUCUGUGCACACAACAUUUUCA